AUGACACCACCAGCUCUCCGCCACUGCCUCCGCACAUCCCCAUCACGCAUCCUACGCUGUCAAGCAACUGCGCAGCCGAAAUGUCUGGCGGCCAGUAUAUGUCCUGCGAGACGGGGUUUGACGUCUAUAUCGCCGUUGCCGAGCUCGAAUAGGAUACAUAGUUCGAAGGGGCAGCAGGGGAUUAAGGCGACGGGAAUAGAUAGGGAGAGGGGAACAAUAAGGGAUGGGGCAAUGGGGAAGGAGAGGGUAUUUGGAAGAGGAUAUAGUACGAAAGAAGGUACAAUCGGCUCAGGAGAAGAAGGGGUCGGUGGUUCGAAGAUGGAAGAGGCGCCUGGGCAUUUGAAUGCGAAGGAGAAGGAGAUUUGGGGGUUGUUGAUGAGGGAGUUGGGGGCUAGUGAGUUGAAGGUCGCAGAUGUAUCGGGUGGUUGCGGGAGUAUGUACUCCAUUGAUAUUACUAGUGAGAAGUUUAGGGGCUUGAGUAUGCUUAAGCAGCAAAGGCUCGUGAAUCAGGUGCUGGGAGAGGAGAUUAAGGGGUGGCAUGGGGUGCAGUUGAGGACGAAGGCUCCUGCGUAG